AUGCGUUCGACGCGCGGACUGGCGCAGGGCCAGCAAGCUCAAGCUCAAGCUCAAGGGCAGCAGCAACCUCAAGCACAAGGGCAGCAGCAGGCGCAGACGGCGGGCCGACCGCUGCCAUCAACCCAGCCAACGGUGGACCUCGCCGCCCUCGCAGCCGCUCUGCCGCAGAUUGGACAGCUGUGGCAGAACAACCUGACUGACGCGGGCGAUGUGCAUGGCGACGCCCAAGCGCGAGGCCAACGCGCCUAUGCAAACCAGCAGGCAGCGCUGCGGCUCCAGGCGUCUUUGCAACAGCGAGCUCAAUCUCAAUCUCAAUCUCAAUCUCAAUCUCAAUCUCAAUCUCAAUCUCAAUCUCAAUCUCAAUCUCAAGCUCAAGCUCAAGCUCAUGGAAAUGCUCAGCUCGGACUGCCGAACGACCUCGGCGGAUUUGUCAGCUUGUUGACCGAAGCCGCGCUGUUGCCGAAAGCGGAGUUGAUGAAUGUUGCGCGUGCCAACAAUGCGAAUGCAGCGAGAGCAUCGUCAUCACCCCAGUUUGGUCAAUCGGCUGCUCCACCUGCUGCCACGGCCAGAACAAGUGCUGCUUCAGGAAACACAGGUGCUGCUGGAGGAUGUGCCUCGGGCGUUUGUCCCGCUCCAACGCAGCCUGGCGCAGGCCUUGCAGCGCUGCUCGCCAACCCGGCAGUGGCGCAGUUUGCCAACGAUCUCGUUGUGCGCAAGCUGCACGAGAGGGCGGCGGCUGCCACGAGUGCCGGUGCUGGUGCCGGUGGCGGCCAGACCGGAGAUCUGCCUCCGUUGGACACGUUCCUCCAGCUGCUUGCGACAGAGCCCCAGCGCCUGUGGGAGCGCAUCCAGUGGCGGGCUUCCGUGGAAGAAGCCGCACGCGAGAGUCGAGCCACCGGGCGACCCAUUUUCAUCGAGCUCAUCGUUGGACGCUACGGCCAGCAGCAGUCAACCGUAGUAGGCCCGUUGAGCUGCGAGCGCGUGAGCGACGCCAUCAACGAAUUCUGCAUUCCCGUGGCCAUCAAUGUGACGCGCGAAGGCUUCCCGGUCAACCACAUCCCAGCGCUUCGCUUUGCCGAGUCCAUCUACCAGACCAACUGGCGAUUUGAGUUUGGCUUUGCGUCCUGCUUCAUUGUGGACGACACUGGUGCCAUUCCGCUGGGUGUUGCCAGCAACAGCCAGGUGACCAAGACUCCGCGGGCAGUGUACGAGCGCGAGUACCUUUUGUUCAUUGUGGAGGCGCUGGAGCGAUUCAAGUCGCUCCAGGCCAUUCGUCGUGGCAAUCUGGGUGAGCUCCGCACGUUUGCCGCCAGCCUGAUGCAAGAGUUUUCUCGUCGUGCCAGCCAGAUGGCCCAGCAGCGUCAGCAAUUUGAAGGGUUUGCGCAGCGUCAUCCUCAGCUGCGACAACUGUAGAUGGCUUUUUUUUGUUGUUGUUGUUGUUGUUGUUGUCUUCCCUUCCUUCUUGACUAGUGUGGAUUUGGCUCUGGGUGUAACGC